AGCCACGUCACCCAGCACUGGCUUCGUGGCUGCUCAGCAAGCUCAGCCUGGGGUUCUGCAGGGGACAAACCCCAACUUUCAGCCUGGAGCAAGGAGAGAAAGGCCUGGAAAGGGAGAGAGAAAAACCUGCCUUGGGUGGGAAAAGUAAGCAAGGGAGACAUCCAGCUUGAGUGUCUGGCAGGGGAGCCUGAACUUUUCUCUCUUGAAAGAGAAAGCUCUGUACUCGGAGAAAAAGAAAGUUGAGCCAGAGAGGAGUGUUCGCUUGGUCAAGGCUCAGGGGACAAAAAAGUCUCUGCCAUAGCACUCCCUGCCCACAGAAAGCGUCCUGCUCCUUUCGUGCCAGACGAGCCCUCCCGGCAUCAUGAAUGUCUUCCGCAUCCUGGGGGAUGUCUCCCACUUGCUGGCCAUCAUCAUUCUUCUGCUGAAGAUUGUGAAGUCUCAGUCCUGCGCCGGUAUCUCUGGGAAGAGUCAAAUUCUUUUUGCACUUGUCUUCACAACCCGCUAUCUGGACCUGUUCACCACCUUCAUCUCAAUCUACAACACUAUAAUGAAGGUUGUUUUUUUGAUAUGUGCCUACAUCACCGUGUACAUGAUCUACGUGAAAUUCCGGAAGACGUUUGACAGUGAGAAUGACUCCUUUCGCCUUGAGUUCCUCCUGGUUCCUGUCAUAGGCCUGUCAUUUCUGGAGAACUACAGCUUCACUCCCUUGGAGAUACUCUGGACCUUCUCCAUCUACCUGGAGUCCGUGGCUAUCCUUCCUCAGCUCUUCAUGAUCAGCAAGACCGGGGAAGCCGAGACCAUCACGACGCACUACCUUUUCUUCCUGGGCCUCUACCGUGCCCUCUACAUUGCCAACUGGGUCUGGCGCUACUACACAGAGAGUUUCUAUGACCAGAUCGCUGUAGUUUCUGGGGUGGUACAAACCAUCUUCUACUGCGACUUCUUCUACCUCUAUGUUACCAAAGUUCUAAAAGGAAAGAAGCUAAGCCUUCCCAUGCCCGUUUGAAGACAUUUCCACAGACAACACACCAAAGUCCGAAGACAACACUCUUAGGAUCACGGCUUUCCUUUCCUGGCCCUUUUUGACUAAUGGAUGCCUUAGCCGAGUUGCACUCCAGUGCCAGGAAGACAACAAGGCCUGGAAAGCUGGAGAGCUUUUCACCUUUACAAGACUUCCUUCCUUUUUAUUUGUUUUUUAUAAAUUUCUUCUUACUUGAACUUGGUGCUAGGAGGUAGCGCUGGCCAAUGAUGAAGUAGCGCAAGUUCUCCUCUCCCAGCUCUUCCCAGUAUUUCCCUUCAAAACACACCUCCACCUUGACCCUGAGGUAGCAUGAGUGCAAGGGAAACCGUCACUGCCUUUAG